GUAUCACACAGGGACUCUUCAUCUUCUUCUGAAGCAGACCUUCCACGGAGGCGAAGCUCUGGACGAACCAUCAGCGCUGAUUAGGGACUUAGACAUAUUCGAUCUCUCACGCUUUAUGACUCUGUAUAACCGUUGCCACUUUACUUAAUAAAUCCAAGGUCCUCGUGCCGACAGACUUUAUUACCUCUCCGUCUCAUUUCAUCUGGUCCAGUAACUAGACAGACCGUUUUUCCCCUCACAAGGACAUCCGAGCAUCUCCAGCCAACAGGAUGCCCCGCGCUGUCUUAUCCAUCCUGGUGAUCUUUGUGUGUCUUGCACCGAUACUGGAAACACUGAGCAGCACACUGGAUGUCCGAAUGAAGAUGAUUCAAGUUAUUGAAUUGGAGUUCAAUUCCCUGAAGGACUCCUACAAUACCCGGAAGGAAGCCGUCGCUGAAGGGUUCAAAGAGAUUGAAAGUGAAAUGGACGCUACGUCGGCCAUUUUACAACAACGCUGUGGGCCAAAUUUUGAGGCCAGCAAGAAGAACUCUGAGACACUGAAGGAGUGGCACACUGAAACUAAAGAUACAUAUCUCCUGUUCACUGAAGUCUUUGACAACGCGUAUGAGUUCUUCCAGAAGGGAAUCGAGGAAGUCAAAGACCUUGUCCAUGAAAACGAGGACCACUACAAUACUCGGAUGGACGCCCUCGCUGAAGAAUUCAAAGAGAUUGAAAGAGAACUGGAAGCUUCAUUGGCCAUGUUACAUCAAGGCAGAAGGCCCAAGUUUGCGGCAAGCAAGAAUUACCUUGAGAACCUGACGGAGUGGUACUCUGAAACUAAAGAUAAAUUUUUCCUGUUCACUGAAGUCUUUGACAACGCGUAUGAGUUCAUCCAUAAGGGAAUCGAGGGAGUCAAAGACUUUUUCCGUGAAACCGAGGGGAACAAAGAUGAAUUAUAAUCACACCUUAUUAACAUUAGCAUUAGUUAUGCAGUAAUAAGCAAUAUUAUAUGGCAUUAGCAUAGGGGUGAGUGGGUUCUUCAUCGCUGAUGCGUCACUGCGUCACACAGGAUGAUGGAGGGUGGAACCUGUUGGCCCGUGUCAGAAAGUGUCAGUCAGGGUCAGGUAGUUUAGGUUUCUGACUGCUUUAUUGGUUAGUUUUUGUGGUCGUAUUUAGGAUUAACUGAGUGAACAUCUGUUCAAAUGUCAUGAUUUUUGGGGUUUUGGGUCUUUCUUUUCACAAUAUCUCUUCUGUCUGAGUUUGUAUACAGAUCUUGUAAACUCUCCCUAAUUACUGGUAAAUAUACGAAUAUAUAAAUGUUUUUGUCAUAUCUUGGUAUUCUCAUUUGUUUGGAGUAUUUUUUUUUUCUUGCCUUGUGAAAAAGUAUAUAAGAGAAGCUGAUAUUUAUUUGGCAACAGACUUUGACAAACCGAAUGCAGGUCUCUGAACACGCCCUAGUCUUAAGAGAAAUGCAGACUACCGUACAAAAACAACAAACUAAAACAUGGGAACAAAAUAACAAGUGAAAAUCUAGUUGAACGUUCACCGAUGUGAUUAUUGUUACUAUAUUAUGCUAUUUACCAUUUUAUAGCAAAUACCAAAUAUAUAUAUAUGUUAAUCUCUCGCAUUUUGGUGGAGCGCAUUCGAUGUCCCAAUUUGGACAAAUGUAAACACAAGAACAACAGAAGAAUCUUUAUAGGUUUAGGUGUGGUCGCUCAGUGCUUUGCAAAACCAAAACAAACAAACGCUCUGAUUCAUUCAAAGCCGGUCUGCCUCGAUAUGGAACUACUUUGUGCUGAAGGUCUUGUGCGCAGUUCUUAACUUAGUAACAACAAGCGGUAAGCAGGCCCAUAUUAACACGAUACACCCCCCCCCCCCCAAUACACACCACAAUAUCAGACAUAAGCAAGGGGAUUUCUUCAAUGUAAUUGACUAACUUGUCCAACUACAUACAUGUAGGCAUAUGAUCAAUGAGCAAUGUAUUCCAACGUCUCAAUUCAAAACGUCUAUCAAUUCAAAAAGCACAGCACUCAAAUCAAAAUAGCAAAAUCUAUUUAAUGUUUUUGACCUACUCCUCAUAUAGGAGUGUAACUCCUUCAAUAUCUCAAGUGGCAUUUUCGUAUUUCUCACACUGAUCUCUCAGCGAUGCAAGAACGCAGUGACUCCAAAAGACGUUCUGCAUUGUCUAAAGUUAUGUCGUGCUUUAUGAGUCGUGAAGGUCGAAUCAUAUAAAGUGGUUUGUCUUAGAGUUUGUGUCAGUGUGUACGUGUGCGUGUGAGUGUGUGUCUGUGUAGGUGAGCGUGUGUUUUGUUGAUGUGUUGCUCAAUGGGUAGUAUUACGUAUGCAUGUUUUCCAUGUUUCCAUUGUAUGAUCAUGUUUGGCAUUUCAUUUACCCAUUAUAAGAUAUAGAAAAUAGACAAUUAGAUAUAGAUAAUAUAUCAUUACUGCCAACAAAUAGCUUUGUUUAAACAAUCUAAUGCUACGUGCAAUGCCAAAUGUUAAAUGCUAAUGCCAUAUGCUACGUGCUGUGUGUGAAAUGAAACGUGAUAAAAAAAUAUAUAAUAAUGCUAUCUGCCAAAUGCUAAAUGCAUUGUGUUACAUGUUACAGGCUUUGUGCGGUAUACUACAUUCUGUCCAUAAUGUUCACAUGAUAAACAAAAUUUUCUAAAUGUGGUCUGAUAAAUGAUAUAUGCUAAAGGCUAUGGGCUGAAUACUAAAUGCUUUGUGCUUUAUGCUAAAUACUUUUUGAUAGAUGACAUGCUAUGGGCUUUGUGCUGCUUGCUAAAUGAUCUUUCAAAAAUGCCAUCUGAUUCUGUCUGAUAAAUUAAACAUGCUAAAGGGUUUUUGUUGAAUGCUAAAUGCUUUGUGCUGUAUUCUAAAUACUUUGUGAUCGAUUAUAUGUUCUAAAUGUUAGCAGCUAAAUACUAUGUGCUAAAUGCUUACGGGGCUAAAUGCUGUAAGUGUUGCUGUCACAGUUGAAAGACUGAGUCAGAUGAGAGAUGGAAACAGGUCAAAGAUCGUAAGCCAAAGAUCAAUGGCGUGUGUGUGUGUCUAAUGGCUGUCCAUUUCAGGUCACCACUUACCACAGGGGAUUACAUCAGGAGUGUGUGUGUGUGUGUGUGUGUGUGUGUGUGUGUGUGUGUGUGUGUGUGUGUGUGUGUGUGU